UUCCACAGAUCAGAAACGAACCCUAGCCUUCAGUCUUCAGUUCACUCAGACACCACUCUCGAGCCUCCACCCUGCAGCCCUCCACUCUCACCUCGAGCUUCCGGCGCAACCUCCGUCCAGCCACCGCCGCCGUCGCAACACCUCCGUCGAAGUCACUCACCGUCGCAAGUUCGUGGAGCCAGCUUGGAGAUUCGCGCAGCCCUUUCCGUCGCGAAGUCAGCCGUGGAAAUCGCAGCCACCGCCACCACUCCUUGCCGUCGCGCAUUGUCGUCCUGAGUGACCUGAAGCCCUUUUCCCCCCUCUCGAGCCCCAUUCCUGAUUCCUCAGUCUCAUACAUACUCUCAUUAUUUCUCCCCAAAACACAACCCUAGCCUCCAUCGCGCCGCCGUUGGUCGCACUGUCGCCGCCUGGUUCGUCGUGGCCGUUCUUCAAUCCUCCUGUUUCGUCGUGCUCGAAGGCCCUUCCAUUCCCCCAACGCCAAUCCUCCUACUGAUUGAUGAUAAAUUGAUACCGAUAAAUUGUUACUGAUAACUGAAGAAUGACUGUUUUGAAGCGGUAUGUGCUGAGAAUAUUCAUAUCCUUGAAACACAUUACGGCAAACGUGGUGGAUAGAAACCAUGGUCAUAUUGUAGCAACCUCCUCCACGGCAGAGCACUCCAUUAAACAGUCGCUUGAGUGUGGCCGGUCCUGCAAUGCGAAAGCAGCUGCUGUCGUUGGGGAGAUAUUGGCCAUGCGGCUCAAAGUUGAGGGCCUUAAGGAUGGACAAGGAAGAGGAAUUCAUGUCAAUGUAACUAAGGAAAUAGAGAAGAAGGGAUUUAAGAGCCAAACCAAGGUUUGGGCUAUUGUUAAUGCCCUUAAAAACAAUGGUGUUAAACUCAUAGAUGAAGAUGAUGGUAACGAUUCUUCUCCUAGCCAUUCAUAAAAUGUCUUUUGUAUAUCUAUAAAUAUAUUAGAAUGUUUUUGUAUUCCAAUGAUAAUAUAGAAAUGCAGUGAUUCUUGUACUAAGAACAUCUUUGCAAUAUACAAAUACACCUAUCUUCUGUUAUAUUGAUAGUAAAUGUAAAUCAGAAUAACGUGUACUAGAUGCUGUCAUUUUUGUCACUUAGUUCUGUAUUUUGGGCUGCCACUUUCAUUUGGCAUGCAUAUACUGUAGUAGCUGCAUUAGUCACAGAAAUUUUAUGUCCAAACAAAAAUAGGU